UGAAAAGCAACAUGCUUUUGGUAGUUCAUGAGAAAUUUGGCUUUUAAAGUGUGACAUUCUGUUGCAUAGAAUAAUGUUAGGACAUCUGUCACCUGGAGGCCUGUACAGCUGGUCUGCUUUAGUACUCAACUCCAACUAAGCCAUGAUGAUGGCAUGGGUAUAAUUCAUCCCCUUGCUGCCAUGGUAAUGUUUUUACAGUGCAUGAACUUCUUUUAGUACUGCCUUCUUUCUCCCAUUCCAUUUGAGCUCCUCUAGAGCAGUGGUUUUCAAGCUAUGGUCCAUGGACCCCUGGGGGGUCCACAGACUGUCUAGGGCAGUAAUUCCCAAACUUUAACAGAUUGCACACCACCAAUUUAAAAUAAUACAACCUUAACUACCACCAGUAAAUUUUUCAGUUCAACCUGAAGUACCACCCGCAAAUUUUUGUUGUAUAAAGUAAUUAUAAGAAAUCUGUUGACAUACCACUGACAGGUUGUCUGAAUACCAGAUUGGGAACCACUGAUCUAAGGGGUCAAUGAAAGAUAACUAUGAUCAUUCAAAAGUAUGUGAAUACCCUAUAGGUGCUGACUUUUUAAUUUUUUUUCGGGGGAGGGGGGGAUGAUGGACAUGUAUAAAAAUUUCUACAUCACCAUGGUGGGGGAGGCUUCUUGCCUUACACUUGCCUACAAGGAAACCUCAUUAAAUGCAUCAUCUAUCAUUAAACUGCCAAAACCAGCUUGUACUCAGUAAUGGAAACCACCUAUGAAUGUAAUUAAAUGUAGCCAACACUGAGUGUGACUAUAAAACACAUCGCCCAUAUUGAGCAAACCAUAAUGCUAAGAGUCUACCACAGGGAUAGUUCAGUGCAGCCCAUCUGAAUAAGAUAUAUGAUAGUGCCCAGUGUGCCCAGUCCCCCCUCAGCACUUAUUCUUUUUUAGGGUCAUGGUAAGCUGCUACAUUGAAUGUAUUUUGACUUCCUCUUCACUCCUAUGGCUGAGCUGUACCUUUCUUUCCCAUUUCCAGUGAUUCCUGUUUAUUCACCAGCCUUAAAUGCCUGGCAGACAUCACCAAAUGGGGCCCCAAACAGUUCACCCAGAAUCCUAUUGUUACCUUUCUCUGUCUAUUGUGUACGAUGUGUGGGCUCACCCUCUAUGAGGUGAAGCUGGAUCAGGUUGCCCUGCACCUCAUCUGCAGAUACAUUCUUGAAGCAUUCCAGGGCUUGUGACCAGAAUACCCGGUUCCAGUCAUGAGUAGGAGCUAAUUAUGGGGGACUGUAUGAAAUAUGCACACAUACCUCAUACCAUGCCAGUGCUGAGGUAUAGGAUCACUGGCUUGAAACACUGACUCUGCUGGGACCCAGCCCAAUCAACAGUAUGUCUCCUCUCAGCCAUGACCUCAUCCUUAACCUGACUCAGGAUGGAAUCAAACUGCGGUUUGAUGCUUUCAAUCAGAGACUUAAGGUGAUUGAAGUUUAUGACUUGACUAAAGUAAAGUUAAAAUAUUGUGGUGUCCAUUUUAACUCUCAGGCAAUUGCUCCAACCAUAGAGCAGAUUGAUCAGUCAUUUGGAGCAACACAUCCAGGAGUGUACAACUCAGCUGAACAACUUUUUCACCUCAAUUUCAGAGGACUUUCGUUUUCCUUUCAGUUAGACUCAUGGACUGAAACUCCAAAGUAUGAGCCUAACUUUGCCCAUGGCCUUGCUUCUCUACAAAUUCCCCAUGGUGCAACUGUGAAACGUAUGUACAUCUACAGUGGAAACAGUCUGCAAGAUACAAAGGCUCCCAUGAUGCCACUCAGCUGUUUCCUUGGUAAUGUGUAUGCAGAGAAUGUUGACGUUCUGAGAGAUGGGACUGGACCCUCAGGUUUACGGCUCCGCUUACUCACUGCAGGUUGUGGCCCAGGUGUACUAGCUGAUGCUAAGAUGCGGGUAUUUGAACGCUGUGUGUAUUUUGGUGAUUCGUGCCAGGAUGUUUUGAGCACCUUGGGGUCUCCGCAUAAGGUCUUUUAUAAGUCUGAGGACAAGAUGAAAAUUCAUUCGCCCUCCCCCCAUAAGCAGGUUCCAUCAAAAUGCAAUGACUACUUCUUUAACUACUUCACCCUUGGAGUGGAUAUUCUUUUUGAUGCAAAUACUCACAAGGUGAAGAAGUUUGUCCUGCAUACAAAUUAUCCUGGUCAUUACAACUUCAACAUUUACCAUCGUUGUGAGUUCAAGAUUCCACUGGCCAUUAAGCGAGAUAAUGCUGACUCUCGGACUGAAACAUGCACAACAUACAGCAAGUGGGACAGUAUUCAGGACCUUCUUGGGCACCCGGUGGAGAAGCCAGUGGUGCUUCACAGGUCAUCCUCUCCAAACAACACCAACCCAUUUGGAUCAACGUUUUGCUUUGGACUGCAGCGAAUGAUUUUUGAGGUGAUGCAAAAUAAUCACAUAGCAUCUGUUACUCUGUAUGGCCCUGCCAGGCCCACCAGCCAGUUGAGACCUUCGGACCUUCCCCAGUGAGCAUCCCCUUCAAAACCCACUAAUCUAAAUGCUACAAAAUUAGUACAGUGUGCCUUGAUUUGCUGCCACUUAUAAUAUGGAAAGCACGGUAUGAUUUUUUUCCAAAAACAACCUUCCCACCAAUGCAUGGUGUGGAGGAGAAAUUCUCUCAACCCUUCAUCAUGAGGAAUGGAACUAGUGGUGGACGAAUGCAGUUAGGUGCCUGCGUCAUCAUCUUAUUCCUCUUGGUUGUCCUCACCCUGUGCAGCACAGGCAUGAAGAGACUCUGUAUCCUUCCUGAACUGGCAGAAGAGAGAGGUGGAAGAGGAGGCACAUAAUUGACCGCAAGAGUUAGAAGCACAAACUUUCUGAGCCUUGGAGCAUCUGGAAGCAGAUACUGAUUUUAGUCUGUGUUUAUGUUACUGUAUUGAUGUGGUGGUCACACUUUAAGAAAACAAGUAUGUAUACAAUAUAUAUAAACAAAUCGGUAUAUCUGUGACUAAGGACAUUGUACCAAGUGUGACAAAGGUGUAUAUAUGUCCAUGAUUUCAGGCACCACAUCUUUGUAUAACUUUAAAACAAGCAAGUAGCAUGUGCAGAAUACUUGGUUGUAACAUUUGCACUACAUACACUUUAAUUACUUGAUAAAUGUUUAUCUUCACUGAGGAGCAUCUGUGUAUGACGUGAGUGGGGUGUAAUGGUUAUUUAAUGUACACUGCACAAAGCUUAUUUAUACUGUGGAUCAAAUAAUCCACCUUCCUGCACUAAUACUUGACAUGCUGAAACAUUUGUUUUCUUGCCAUGCCUGGUUUACUAAAUUUUUUUUUCAUGUGCAGUUUUCUUUAAAAAAAUGUCUGGAAGAGAAGGGUAUUCCUAUGAAUGGAAAUGUUUUACUUUAAGGGGUUUGAUACCAUUUUUUUCUUUAUGCUGAAAUAUUAAAAAAAAAUAAGUUGCCUCAUUUAUGUUUGCUCCAAACUCCUUCUCUCCCCUCCUUUUUCCUUGGGGAAUUUGUCAUGUGUAUAUAUAGUAUAUUGAAAAAUAAUUCCCCUGCUCCUUCAAUACCAAGAAACCUUUUUCCAUAAUGUCUGAUGUAUAAUUUUUAUUUAAUGCCAAAGGUUUAGCCAAAGACAUCCUCACUGUAGGUUCACCAUUUCUGUACAUAUACUCUAACUGCACACCCUGCCCCCAGGUAACCAGAUAGAUGUUUUUUUUCUAGUCGGGAGAUGCUGCUCGCUGCGUGUUAUCUGAAGUGGAUACUUUGGAUUUCUAGUUAUUUUACCUGUCUUAUCUGGGUAGAAUAGAUGGUCUGUCUUUGCAAUAUUAACCCUUUUUAAAAAAUGGAAAAGAGAAAUGUAUAAUUUUAUCCCAUUUUUAAUAUUUUGGUGUAGCAACUUGUGAUACAUAGACAAUGAUUUUGUGAGUUUUACUAUGUGUGUACAGAUUCUGUAAAUAUGACAUUUUUGUAAUUCUAACUCCAUGUACAGUGUAAUCCUGUAUAGUUUAUCAAUGAGUGAGAGAGAACAUUUUAUUUCCUAUCUCAUGUUUUGGAUCCUGGACCAGUAGCAGGGAUACAUGUGUUGUGUGUACAAUACUCUUUUGCCAUUUAGUCUUCCUGUAUACUGUGAUAUUCUAGACUGUUUUAAUUAAAACAAAAAUGUCCCAUUGGGAAUCUAACUUAAUUGAUAAGGAAAAAGUUACUGUUUACCUUUAUUCCUAGGUGUUACUCCUGUUGAAUUCCUGUUCAGUCUGUGUGGUUUCCUGUGAUCAUUGCUUGCUAAGGAAAUUCUAUGCCUCAAUCUAUUUCUUUAUAUCCUUUAUAAUUUUAAUCUUGUUUUACAUAACCCUCCUGCAAAUGUAAAUGGAAUACAUAAUGAGCAUGUAUACUGAAAGGCAAAUAAAAUGAAACUCAGUUACUGUUUUGCGCUAAAUACAGUUGCUGGGUGUUUUUUGUAAUAAAGUUGUAAAUUUGUUUUAUUUAUUUCAUAUCAGUCAUUUUAUAUGUACAGCAUAACUGCCAUCUGACAGGUCAUAUUGCCAGUAUUUUUGUUCUAACAGUCAGAACAGCACAUCUCUUAAUAGACAUGUAAAUACAAAACAUCCAAUCUGUUUUAUAACAGGUAUUUGUAUGCAUAGCAUAAACACUUGCAUUUCAUCUUGUAACAAUGCUCUGAGCUAAGAAAAAAUUACUUUGAA